UUUGUGUGGAUUUGUUCUGGACGCGAUGUGGACGCCGACGGAGGACGAGAAGAUCGGAGUCGUGAUCUGCAGCUUCCGAGGCUCGGUGACGCAGGGCUUGGCUCUGGAGGUCGGGGAGACGGUUCAGAUCCUGGAGAAGUGUGAAGGUUGGUUCAGAGGAUUCUCAACCAGGAAGCCGAAUGUCAAGGGAGUGUUUCCUUCCAGCUACGUCCAUCUGAAGAAGGCCGUCGUCACCAACAGAGGGCCACAUGAGACCGUGGUGCCGCUGGAAGAUCCCAUCGUCACCGAGGUGACGUCGACGCUGCAGGAAUGGGCCCUGCUGUGGAAGCAGCUCUACGUGAAACACAAGGUGGAUCUGUUCUACAAGGUGCGCCACGUCAUGAUGGAGCUGAUCGACCUGAGACGGCAGCUGCUGUCCGGUCACCUGACGCAGGACCAGAGCCGAGACGUGAAGCGACACAUCACCGUCCGACUGGACUGGGGCAACGAACACCUGGGUCUGGACCUGGUGCCGAGGAAGGAGUUCGAGAUGGUGGACGAGGACCAGAUCAGCGUUUCGGACCUGUACAAGAUGCACCUGUCCAGUAGACACAGCGUCCAGCAGAGCACCGCUCAGGGCGACAGUAACCGGCAGCGGCACGGCGAGCCCUGCAGGGUUCCAGUUCCUCACCACCUGCUGGUCAACCUGAAGAGCUUCACCUACAACAGCAUCGGAGAGGACACCGACAUCUUCUUCUCUCUGUACGACCUGCGGGAGGCCAAGACCAUCAGCGAGAAGUUCAUGGUGAGACUGAACAAGAACGGAGGACCAAAGAACCCGGAGAAGGUGGACCGGCUGUGUGCGCUCUUCACGGACCUGAGCAACAAGGACAUGAAGAGGGAUCUCUACAUCGUCUCACAGGUGAUCCGGACAGGUCGCAUGCUGCUGAACGACAGCAAGAAAGGUCCUCCACACGUCCAGUACCGCCGGCCGUACGGCUGCGCUGUCCUGGCCAUGAGCGACGUGCUGCAGACCAUCUCCGAGCUCAAAGAGGAGAAAGACUUCGUCCUCAAAGUCUACACGUGUAACAACGAGAACGAAUGGUACCAGAUCCACGAGAACAUCAUCCGCAAGUCCAGCACCAAAUACACGGCGCCCAGCACCAACUACGGUCUGAUCAUCUCUCUGCAGCUGCUGCGAGGCGACAUGGAGCAGGUCCGCCGGGAGAACCCUCUGAUCUUCAGCAGGGGCGUGGCCAUCACACGCAAACUGGGAUUCCCGGACGUCAUCAUGCCCGGUGACAUCCGUAACGACCUGUACCUGACCCUGGAGCGAGGAGACUUUGAGCGAGGAGGGAAGAGCGUUCAGAAGAACAUCGAGGUGACCGUCUACGUGCUCUACGCCGACGGAGAAAUUCUAAAGGACUGCAUCAGUCUGGGUUCAGGUGAGCCCAACCUGCCGGAGCACCGCUCCUUCGUGCUCUACCACAACAACAGCCCCCGAUGGAGUGAGGUGAUCAAGCUGCCGAUUCCCAUCGACCGGUUCCGAGGCUCCCACCUGCGCUUUGAGUUCCGACACUGCUCCACGAAGGACAAAGGAGAGAAGAAGCUGUUUGGUUUUGCCUUUACUCCUCUGAUGAGGGAGGAUGGAACUACGCUGUCUGAUGAGAGCCACGAGCUCUACGUCUACAAGUGCGAUGAGAACACCACCUUCAGUAACCACGCCCUCUACCUGGGCCUGCCCUGCUGCAAGGAGGACUUCAACAGCUGCCCCAGCAUCCCCUCCAGCCUCAUCUUCCAGCGCAGCACCAAGGAGACCUUCUGGAUCUCCACACAGCUGUCCUCCACCAAGCUCACGCAGAACGUGGACCUCCUGGCCCUGCUCAAGUGGAAAGCUCAUCCUGACCGCGUCAUGGACAUUCUUGGACGCCUUCGACACGUCAGUGGAGAGGAGAUAGUCAAGUUUCUCCAAGACAUUCUGGACACGCUGUUCUCCAUCCUGGAUGACAACACGGAUAAAUACGGGCCGCUGGUGUUCCAGUCACUGGUGUUCAUAAUAAACCUGCUCAGGGACAGUAAGUACUACCACUUCAGGCCGGUGAUGGACACGUACAUCCAGAAGCACUUUGCUGGUGCGCUCGCCUACAAGGAGCUGAUCCGCUGUCUGAAGUGGUACAUGGACCGGUCCGCUGAGGUGGUCAGACAGGACCACAUCCAGGAGGCCAUGAGGGCCCUGGAGUACCUGUUCAAGUUCAUCGUCCAGUCUCGGAUCCUUUACUCCCGGGCCACCUGUGGGAUGGAGGAGGAGCAGUUUCGCACCAGCGUCCAGGAGCUCUUCCAGUCGAUCCGCUUCGUCCUGAGCCUGGACAGCCGCAACUCCGAGACCCUGAUCUUCACUCAGGCCGCCCUGCUCAACUCGUUUCCGGCCAUCUUCGACGAGCUGCUGCAGAUGUUCACGGUGCAGGAGGUGGCGGAGUUUGUGCGCGGCACUCUGGGCAGCAUGCCGUCCACGGUGCACAUCGGCCAGUCCAUGGACGUGGUGAAGCUGCAGUCCAUCGCUCGCACUGUGGACAGCAGACUCUUCUCCUUCCCAGAGUCUCGGAGGAUCCUGCUUCCUGUGGUCCUGCAUCACAUCCAUCUCCACCUGCGGCAGCAGAAAGAGCUGCUCAUCUGCUCCGGCAUUCUCAGCUCCAUAUUCUCCAUCAUCAAGAGCGGCUCGCUGGACUCGUCGGUGCAGGAGGAGGUGGAGAUGAUGGUGGAGUCGCUGCUGGACGUCCUCCUGCAGACGCUGCUGUCCAUCAUGAGCAAGAGCCAAUCGCAGGAGGCGGUAAGGGGUCAACGCUGUCCGCAGUGCACCGCGGAGAUCACUGGAGAGUACGUGUCCUGCCUCCUGUCGCUGCUCCGCCAGAUGACCGACAUCCACUUCCAGCACCUGAUGGAGAACUUUCAGAGCAAGGAGGAGCUGAAGGAGUUCUUGUUGAAGAUUCUGUGUGUGUUUAGAAACCUGAUGAAACUCAGUAUUUUCCCCCGAGACUGGAACAUCAUGAGGCUCCUCACCAGCAACAUCAUCCUGACCACGGCUCAGUAUCUCUCUCCUGCUCUGCACAAGAACUUCACAGAAGCCGACUUUGACUUCAAGGUGUGGAACUCCUACUUCAGUCUGGCGGUGCUGUACAUCAACCAGCCCAGUCUGCAGCUGGAGAACCUGAGUCCGGCCAAGAGGAAGAAGGUGUUGGACAAGUACGGUGACAUGAGGGUGAUGAUGACCUAUGAGCUGUUCAGCAUGUGGCAGAACCUCGGUGAGAACAAGAUCCAUUUCAUCCCCGGGAUGAUCGGCCCGUUCCUGGGAGUGACCCUGGUCCCUCAGGUGGAGGUUCGAAACAUCAUGAUCCCCAUCUUCCACGACAUGAUGGACUGGGAGCAGCGCAAGAACGGAAACUUCAAGCAGGUGGAGGCUGAGCUGAUUGACAAGCUGGACAGUUUGGUGUCCGAGGGGAAAGGUGACGAGAACUACCGGGAGCUCUUCGGUUUGCUCUGUUUGGGCCCUAUCCCAGAGGCUGCCUUCACUCUGCUGCUGUACUGGGAGCUGCUGCACUGGGACGAGCGGCCUCUGAAGGAGUUCCUGCACUACCCCGCUCAGACCGAGUGGCACCGCAAGGAGGGCCUCUGCCGCAAAGUCAUCCACUACUUCAACAAGGGAAAGUGUUGGGAGUACGGUAUUCCUCUGUGCAGGGAGCUGGCCUUCCAGUAUGAAUCUCUGUACGACUACCAGAGUCUCAGCUGGAUCCGGAAGAUGGAGGCGGCGUACUACGACAACAUCAUGGAGCAGCAGCGUCUGGAGCCGGAGUUCUUCAGGGUGGGGUUCUACGGCAGGAAGUUCCCCUUCUUCCUCAGGAACAAGGAGUUUGUCUGCCGUGGCCACGACUACGAACGCUUGGAGGCCUUCCAGCAAAGGAUGCUGGGAGAAUUCCCACAAGCCAUUGCGAUGCAGCACCCCAAUCAGCCGGACGAGGCCAUCCUGCAGUGUGAUGCCCAGUACCUCCAGAUCUACGCGGUGACGCCGGUGCCAGACAGCGUCAGCGUCCUGCAGAUGGACAGAGUGCCCGACCGCAUCAAGAGCUUCUACCGGGUGAACAACGUCCGGCGGUUCCGCUACGACCGGCCCUUCCACAAAGGACCCAAAGACAGAGAAAAUGAGUUCAAGAGUCUGUGGAUAGAACGGACCACUCUGAUCCUCACCCACCCUCUGCCCGGGAUCUCACGCUGGUUUGAGGUGGAGAAGAGAGAGCUGGUGGAGGUGAGUCCGUUAGAAAACGCCAUCUCCGUGGUGGAGAACAAGAACCAGGAGCUGCGGACCCUGAUCAGCCAGUACCAGCACAAGCAGCUGCACGGCAACAUCAACCUGCUCAGCAUGACGCUGAACGGCGUCAUCGACGCCGCCGUCAACGGAGGCAUCGCCAGAUACCAAGAGGCUUUCUUCGAUAAGGAGUACAUCACCAGCCACCCUGAAGACACAGAGAAGAUCACGCAGCUCAAAGACCUGAUGCAGGAGCAGGUCCACAUCCUUGGGGUCGGCCUGGCCGUGCACGAGAAGCUGGUGCACCCAGAAAUGCGUCCCCUGCACAAGAAGCUGAUCGAUCAGUUCCAGAUGAUGAGGAGCAGCCUCUGCCAUUGCUUCUAUGUGGCGUUGCAGGGUCUGCCUGGUUUGGAUAAGGCCGGUUCCGGAGCCAACACCCCCAGAGGGAUCCUGACCUCCCACAGCCCCAUGAGCCCCGAGAGCUUCAAGCUGAUGCACCGACACAGUCCCGUUGCUGUUUUGACUUUAGUGCGCAACUCCUCCUCCUCUCUCUCCUCUCACAACUCCAGUGAGAUGGGAAAUGUGGGCAACCUGCUGAUCCUGGCUGACGGCAUGGUGGUGGAGCAUCCCGAGGACUUCUACCGCAUGCAGGCGAGCCCGUCCUCCUCCAGUCUUAGCUCCACCCACUCGGCGCCUCCUCAGAUGAUAAACUCCGCCCCCUCCACCAUCAGAGUCGGAUCGCCGUCGCUGCCGGACAAAUACAGACACAACAGAGAGAUGCUGAUGCUGCUGCCGCCCCACAGAGAGCGGCCGAGCAGCGCCAUGUACACCAACAUCACCGAGAAUGGACAGCCGACAAACUUCCAGCGGGCCUUGUUCCACCAGGUGAUCGGCCCAUGUAAGCCCUGCAGCGACCCCAACCUCUCUGUGGCGGAGAAAGUCCUCACCACUCCCAGCAGCUGGAGCUUGGACAGCGGCACCAGAGAAGCCCUUCCCUUCCUCUCGGCCCACGUCGGCAGCGUCAUGGCGCCACCAGUUCCUCCUCGCAACCUGCCCCAUGGCCAACACCUGUCGAUGCACUUUGACGCUUUCCACCACCAGGUCAGCGACCUCCCUCCAGCUCUCCCUGCGCGCUCCUUAAGAAAGUCUCCCCUGCACCCUAUACCUGCCUCGCCCACCAGUCCACAGUCCAUCCUGGAUGGCAGUAACUCCACCUUGUCCGGCAGCGCCAGCUCAGGAGUCUCGUCCCUCAGCGAGAGCAACUUCGGCGGCCCCGCCUCCUCCUCCGACCCCACCGCCAGCCGCACAGACACCCUGGAGUCCGUCCCCAGCAGCCAGGCCUGGACCACCGACCAGGAGGACCUCGACUCGCCGUACCAGCCCGUCAGGUACAGCGUCUCCGAGCCUGAAGUCCUGGACGGAGUCAAGGCCCCGCCCAGCCGCAGCCACUCCGCCCCGGGGGGAGUUACUCCAGCCCAGCCGGGGGUCCAAAUCCAGCCCCAGGCUCCGGCCCCGGCCUCCGCUGGAGCUCCACCGCUGCAGCAGCAGCAGGAUGGGCUGCCCCACCCUCAGCACCACUUCUACCACCACCACUUCCACCCACACUACCUCCCCCACCACCCGCCGCUCUACCACCUCCACGAGCCUCCUCCAGCCCUGCCGCCCAAACCCUACCUCAGAGAGGGCUGCAUCCCCGAAGAGGAGCCCCUGAUGGGCCAGUCCGCGCCGCCGCCUCCCGCCCCCCGGCCCAUGCCGCGCAAGAUCUCCCAGCCCAUCAUCGCAGCGACCAAGGACGAGCAGGCUAAGGUGGCGUGGGAGCACGGCGUGGGUGAGGAGUAGGCUGACGGUCUGUACAAACAAAACUCUUUUCUAGAGAGAGAAGACGUGAGAGCAGGAGCUGAACUGUCUUGAGUCACUGAGAGAAGCUGCCAGAAAGUCGGAGGUCAGAGUGAUGGACUCUCACGCUGCAUCCUCCAAUGAGCACAUCAGGCUUCAGAAACGCUGGUCAUCACUCCCUCAUGACACACAUCUCUAAAUUCUCACACAUGCACUGAAACUGCACAGAUACAGAUUUUAUUUUCACUGAUGAAUUAAAACAGUCCUCUUUCAGAAGGAGGCUGGUAAACACACAGGGAUCCUGCUGCUCUGCUGAUACCUCGCUCUGAAGAUUUUACACAAGCAGCACUUUAACAGAGCACUGGAACAGAGGAGAUAAAUACUCACUUAUUUAUAUCGAAAUGUGAAAGAUACGUGGCAGAAGGAUGAAAGCAGAGAUUAUUUAGGUGGUGCAGAAAGAUGAAUGAGGGUGUGAACAGUGAGUAAGCUGAUUAUUUCUUUACCUUGAGCCCUGAACAACGUAGAUUGAAUUCCUGCAGCUGCUGGAUGCGUUUCUUUAUGCAAACACGCCGACUGAUAGAAGCCAUUUUAAAGCGGCGGAGCUGAAAAGUAUUUAUAUUUUCCAACAAAGCCUAUGUAGAUAAAUGUACUACAGUAUAUAAAGGUAUAUAAAUAUCAUUUCUAUUUAAUCCUUUUGAUGGAAGGUUAAAGUGAGGAGCCAUAAGCAGGACAAGCCUCCUGAGCUGUGACCAUGUGUUGAAGAGGACUUUUAAGGCUGAAGCCGUGACCUGAAGACGACGUUUCUCCUGUUAGCCGGUUGGAGGAAGCGGCUGUAAAUACGAGCGACCCUUCAGCUGGAUGGCGUUUAUAACAUCGACUCUAUUAAACACACUUUUUUGCCAUUUUUUUAUGACAGUACUGAAGCGUGUGUUUUUUAAUCAGGUUUUGUAUGCAUGUUCAUUCAGUGAAACACGGUGAAUGACUGGACCUGGACCUGGACCUGGACCUGGACCUGGACGCGCUGAAGCAACGCUGAUGACUUUCUGGUUUUAGGAUCUCACCUCCUCGUGUGAGAGUGCUGUGAAGGUUUUGUGUUUUGUUGGUUUUUGUUUUCACUGUGAUCGUCUCUCCUGCUUCCAGCUUCUUAGCUGCCCAACCUGGUUUCUGUCUGUUCUGCCGGACCGGUCUCACUAGAACCCAUUUUGUAGUUUUAUAGCUGUUUGAGGUUAGUCGUGUUUUAGGUUCAGACGUCUCUUGAAGCUACAGAGCUGCACUUAUUCCUGGAUCAGCUGAAACAUAAGCUCUGUGAUGUCAGCGUCUUCAAUGUGAAUGUGUUCUGGUUUCUUUCCUCCUCUGUGACACUAAACGAGACGUCUUGGGUUUUGGGAGCCACAGAUUGACAUGUUCUGCCCUUUGAUGCACCAAACACCUCACCAGCUAACAGUCAGCGAUAUGAAUAAUCACCAGUUGCAGCCCUUAAAUAAACCUUCAAACCAAACUCCAUCAGAAGAUGUAAAUCCAGACAGAGAACGUGAUGAAUGAAUCCUGAUUUUUAGCUCUGAUUGGGUCUCCUCCAGCAUGCUGUAGGACCAGGAUGAACUUCUGUCAGAUCGCUCGUCCCGUGGCGUUCAGUUGGAGGUUUGUGUAGUUGAACAGAUGGAGAGUUUUCCUCGUAUGCACCAACCAAAUGUAUGAAUACAGUCGUUAUCCAACCAGCUAGCUGUCGGCUGGUCUGGUUGUCAGUCCUUUAACGGUGACGAGUUCUGUGAUCUCAGUGUGGAUAGCUUCUGGUUUCUUUCCUCAGUGACGGUAAACUGAACAUCUUUGGACAAAACGAGACAUCUGAGGAAAAUCUGAUGAACAUUUUUCAGCGUUUUCAGACCAAAGUUAGCCGUUAGCUGCAGCUCUACACUGCAAAAAAGGGGUCGCCCAAAUAUAAGAUAUGAACACUAAAUUUGAGAAGAAAAUGACUUAAAACCAGUGAAGCUAUCUGUCCAUGCAGCAAGUAAAUUUUACUUGAUACGAAAUCUUGAAAUAAUAUUUUUAAUGCUCAGUUUAAGAUUGUCCUGUAAAAUCAAGGACUAAAAAUGAGUAAAUAAAUUUUAAAACAAGCCAAAUUAUCUAUCGUGUCUAAAAACAAGAUUUUAAAUCUUGGCAGGUCCCAGAUGAUUUGCCGUGUAGUUAACCGUGUUUCUGAACAAUGAGCAUUUAAAAGUCAUAAGAACUCUCUGUCUGAAGCUUCGGUUGGACUCAUCAUGUUGUCGCUGCUCAUCCGGUCCCAGUGAGGUGAGGUUGGUCUGGUAUCAUGAUCCGACUGACCGAGCCGGUUUCUACGGUCAUGAACUACCAGAACUGAUCGGUGGUUGGUGCCGUUCAGAUGUUGAAAUGUUGGAUGAAAGCUUUGACAUCGUUCUGACUCCAGUGAGCUGAGCUGGCAGCUUGUGAACAACUAUCAUCAUGAGAGGAGAGAACUCAUCCAGAAGGACACCAAAGUGUUUGGUGUAAGAAGCUCCAGCUGAUGUUAAAUAUAUGAAACGUACCUGAUGGAGGCGCUACAUCCUGGAGGGGUUCAACUGUUUACAUGCUGGUUGGUUUCCAUCAUGUCUCCUGUGAAAUAAAAAACAGCCUGAAACUGUUUUUUGUGGCGUAACUGCUGGUCUCAGCUGAACCGUUCAGCUCACAACUGUAGUUUUUUUAUAGCAUUUGAUCAGAACAAACGAAUUGUUUUUGGCUAAUUUUACAAUAAGACGUGUAGAAUAAUGUAAUUAUGAUGAAAUAUCACGAUUCUAGGCUCAGAUUUGAUCGAAUUUCCAACUGAACGCCACAAAUGAGCAGUUCAAGGACCGUCGGACAGCUGAAACUCUGAAGAGUGUCUGUUUUUAGCUGAUAAACUGUCAUUUUGGAGGUUUUUAAAAAGAAAACCUGCCCUUCAAAGCUGCUGCUGCUGCUGCUGGUUUGUAGGGUCCAGACAAACUUAAUCAACGUCCUGUCAUUUGAGGAUCGACUAUGCAAAGCCCCUCGUUAGGUCUUCGUUGCUCGUCAGCUUCUUCUUUGAGUUGUUUGUUAGUCUGAGAAGGUAAAUUAGGUUUUGGCACUUUUCUAACCUAAAUGCAAAGUGUCCUGAUGAACCCACUGAAUCUCUGGCCUGUUUUCUGCUGCAGCGGAGGCAGAGGAGGGAUGUGGAGGCGGCGGGUCUCCACAGGUCAUACAGGGCAAACCUCCAGCACAUGCAGGCUGCGACUGUCUGGAUGUGACACAGCAGCAGAGCGACAGCAGCUCAUUUUGUGGCGUUGCUGUGGUGGUUUCAGGGCAGCUGACGAGACGUUUCUUAUUAUUAUUUUGUGUAUUUUGCAUCGAAGGCGGAUCCAGACGGGGAGCUACGACGGCGCUGUCCCUUUGUACAAUGAUGCUCAUGAGUAUUUCCUGUAUAUAAACGUGUUUCUCGUGUUAGCAUGGGUAUAAACUGUGACGUGUACGACGCUAGAUGUAAAUACUCACGUUUUUUCCUACUCACUAAACAAACUGCUGUGUUGUGGAUUCAUGAUUAAUGACCAACAUUAAACAAUAAUGUUUUAUUGACUCA